CUUUGUGACGGGAGGAUACGCUGUCCUCCAGUGCCGAAGAGUGUGUGGUUUCCUUACUACUUCGUAUAAUGUGAGAAAUAUUUGAUAAAUCUAAAUGCUUUAAAGGAGUGAGAAUAGUGGCCUGGCUUCGAAGGAAUCGAAGGCGCGUGUAGAGCGAGAUAUUUGAGCAGGAAUUCACAGCAUGGCGAAGUGCAUCGGCGUCCGGAGGCGGUCGCUGCGCCCGCGGGCCCCGCCCUCCGAGCCGUGGGCCCGGGGCGCGUGGAGCACAUCUCGGACCAGGACCUGCUGCCCAGCCACAACCGCUGCGAGCCCAUCACCAUCCGCCUGUGCAAGGACAUCCAGUACAACUCCACCAUCAUGCCCAACCUGCUCAACCACCACGACCAGGAGGAGGCGGGCCUCGAGGUGCACCAGUUCUUCCCGCUGGUCAAGGUGCAGUGCUCGCCCGACCUGCACUUCUUCCUGUGCAGCGUGUACGUGCCCGUGUGCACCAUCAUGGACCGGCCGCUGCCGCCGUGCCGCCACCUGUGCCUGUCGGCCAAGGACGGCUGCGAGGACCUCAUGAACAAGUUCGGCUUCCAGUGGCCCGAGUCGCUGGACUGCAACAAGUUCCCGGCCAGCCCGCAGGAGGAGCUGUGCGUGGGCGAGAACAACACGUCGCCGCACGCGGGCCCGCAGCCGCCCUUCCCGGCGCCGGGGCCGCGGCCGCCCGCCGGCCCCGCCUACGCCGGGAAGGACUUCCAGUGCCCGCUGCACUUCAAGGUGCCCAAGCGCCUCGAGUACAAGUUCCGCGUCGGCGGCGUGGAGGCGGCCGACUGCGGCGCGCCCUGCAACGGCAUGUUCUUCAGCGAGGAGGAGCUGCGGUUCUCGCGGCACUGGGUGGGCGGGUGGGCGGCCGUGUGCCUGGCCUCCACCACCUUCACCAUCGCGUCCUUCCUGGCCGACGUGCGGCGCUUCCGCUACCCUGAGCGCCCCAUCAUCUUCAUCAGCAUGUGCUACUGGUUCAUCGCCGCCACCUACGUGCUGGGCCUCGUGCAGGGCGACCGCGUGGCCUGCGACGAGCCGUGGGACCCGCCGCAGUACCUGCCGGAGCUGCGGGAGCACAUGGUGCGCACCAUCACGCAGGGCGUGGACCGCGAGUGGUGCACCAUCGUGUUCAUGACGCUCUACUUCUUCUCCAUGGCCGCCUCGAUCUGGUGGGUCGUCCUCACGCUCACCUGGUUCCUGGCGGCCGGCCUCAAGUGGAGCCACGAGGCCAUCGAGAACAACUCCGCCUGGUUCCACGUCGCCGCCUGGGCCAUCCCCGCCGUCAAGACCAUCAUCAUCCUGGCCACCAAGAACGUCGAAGCUAAAUAUGAUGAGUGCUGUUCAAAUAUUGCAGGAUAUCAGUUAAUGUCCCAUCUUCCAUAG